AUGGAUGAAGAUGACUUCUUAUUCAUCGAGGAAACUGGAGCGCGGCAUAAACCAGCUACAAAAUCAAGGAUCAAGAUGCAUGUCAUGGACAGAGUGGUAAAGCGAAAACGGACCCCGAAACUAGAUCGCACACCAGUUCGACGUCUCGAAAGUAAAGACCUUCAAGGGAAACAGAUGCAUACGCAUUAUGCAGAUCACCCUGGGUUAUUCGCUGGAAUCGACGACAUGGUCCGACUUGCUGGUCUACCUAUCGAGCUUGGUAAUACAGACAUGAAAUUCAUCUUACAUCAUUUUCUGAAUACUCACUCACCAUUGAUGUGCACUAUCGCAUCCGAGACUGGAUGGCUUAAAUAUGCUCUUGAAGAUGGUGCGCUAUUUACCAGUACGCUCUAUUACUGGGCUCUACUUAAUCAUCAGCGUCUUUCUGUAAAAUUCUUGAAUCUGGAAUCUGUUAUCAGGUUGAAAGGGCUUGCUAUUAGCAAGAUUAGUCCCCGCCUAAGUACACCAAAUCACGGUGGUGUCGAUGAUGCAGUGAUAGCCUCCGUGGCAUGCCUCGCCAAUGUAAAUUUGAAAAUUGGCAACCUUGAAGAAGCCAAGACUCAUUUCCGUGGUCUGACUGCCAUGAUCAGGGGUAGACGGGGCAUCCAUUCUUUGGGAUAUGAAGGCUUGAUCGCCCGACUAUUGAAGGCGACUGACAACUUUCACGCGCAACUAUCUGGCACCAAACUUUCAUUCGAAGAGCCCACAGAACUUCCUCGGGAAAUAUACUCCAGCUCACCUCUGAACUUCUCAUGCAACGAAAUAGUCACCCACUUAUGUGGUAUUGCAACAAAGCUAAUCGCUUCACCAAAAGAUAGCAUGUCGUUGGAAGAGCGCGUGAGCAUUGGGCAGCGACUUCUAGCCUCAGACCGCGAGAUCUUGAAAUACAUACACACAGCCUCGCCAUGUAUCUCGACUGUGGUGGCAACAGGAGCUUUACUUUAUUCCCAUGCGUUUUUACGAAACAUGGAGCCAUCUUAUCCGUUGGUGAAGGCAGCCGUAAAUCAAUUGAAGAUCUCAAUUGCCGCCGUUUGUGCUCUUGGAGGCGGCCUUUUCGACGAAAAUCCUCUUGCAUUGGUUUGGGCGCUCUUUGUUGGUGCACUUGCUUCACAGGAUAGGAGUCCUGACGGAAUAUGGUUCAGGAGGUGCUUGGAGAGAGCAUGUGAGGCGGACGGCCAGCGGAUUAUGGAGUGUUUACAAACAUUGACUGACACCCAAAAUCAUGGCACGCCGCAACCAUUCUAUUGGAUGCUUCAGGACAAUUGGAUACAAUUAUCUUCUGUAAAUACGAAAAUAUUGUGA